AUGUUUUUGAUUUAAUAUAUUGGGUUCAAUAAUAAAUAUUAAGUUCUGAAUUGUUACCAAAUUUCAAUAUUUCUAAAAUACAGGAUACAUUAUAAAGAUAAUUGGAAUGAAUCUAAGAAUUAAAGAAAAAUGUAUCUACACAUAAUAAAUAAAGUUAUAUUCAAUAUUUAAAAUUACAUGUAAUUGAAUUAGGGAAGAUCUAAUAUUUUUAUAAAUAAUAUUUAAGAACAAAAAAAAAAGAAUGUAGAAAUUUAUCUUAAAUGGAUGCAUUCUAUUAUUAUAAUAAUAUUGAGGAAUAUUAAAUUAGUUUAAAAGAGAAAGAAUUCUUAAAAGCAUUAGUUGAAAAGUAAGCAAAUUAUUUAUUCACAAAUUGUUUAUAAUAUUAUUAGAAAACAUAGAGAAACUUUGGAAUUAGAUUAGAUAAUUAAAAUUAAUCACAAUAAAGUAAAUAAUAAGAUAAAAUUAGGAAAAUCAAGUUCGAUAUUAAAUAGAUGUAUAAAAGCAAGAUAUAAAUUAAUAUAUAGUAAUUUAUGUAAAUACAUCAAGAUCUAUACAUAUUGGGUCAAUAUAUAUGAUUAUGAAUAAUAUUUAAAAAGUGCAUUGAGUGAAAAUUAGAGUGUCUUAGUUUCAUAUGAUAAUUUAAAGUAGUUUAUCAUAAAUUAUUAUAAUUAGAUUCAUGCUACUAAUUAAGUGUGUGACAUUGAUUUGA